AGGGUUACCGUUGCAGGGGUAAGAAGAAGACACUUGUUUUGUUAGCAGGUCUCGCGACUCGCGAGUAAAACAAUAUUUCGAAAUAAUGAAAUAGUAAUAAUAUACAUGGCUUGAGAUGAGGCACCAAUGGCAAAGAAUUAUUCAUUGUGACAUUAGCAGGCAAUAAUAAACAGCGGGCUGGCAUUUACAACUUCAACUAGAAUUAAACAAAACCUCAAAAGUGAAAUUUAAGGUGUGUGUGAUAAAGAUUUCUUUGCACCACCCGCCACCCACUUGAGUUUGUAAUGUUAUCAGUGCCCGAGGCGCGCUAAAAUCCCCAACAACAACAACAGCAACAACAGUGAAAGCAAAUUCUCAAGGACGCAGAAUAAAACAGUGGGAGUUUAAUUCGAAGCCAAGUUGGAGUAACAGCAGCAAUAACAGCACUCAACGGAAGAGGCAAACGUGCGCACAAUACAAAACACCGAAACAACAACAACAAAAUAAUAAGCAAUUAAUGGGGGCCAUGAAUCAACAACAGCGACAGCAACAACAACAAUUACAACAGCGACAACAAACAUACAACAAGAGAAACAAUAAAAACUGACUAGUUAUAGGGCUAAAGCGCAAGCCAAACAUUUAAAUAUUUAAUCGAAGCAGAGCACUCGAGCAAUAAAAACCUAGUCAUAAUUAUUUCAUAUGGAACCGACCGCAGAAUCCAAGUUUAGCGAUGUUGACGAGUACGGCUUUAAGAGGGGCGAGAAGUUCGACUACAAGGACUACGGCAAGUUUAUGGACAGUUACUUAAAGACAUUGACUCGACGACGCAUCAAAUGGGAGUCGAUCAUACGAGAAAAUCCUGAGCUCAUUUUGAAUACGAAAUUGAAGCGAUAUAUACGCAAAGGAAUUCCAGGACCAUAUCGUACCGAUGUCUGGAUGAAAAUCAGUGGUGCCGAAGCGGCACAGAAAAAAAAUCCCAAUCUAUAUCGUAGUCUAUUGAAUAUCGAUCAUUUUAUUAAGGAAAUCAGCGAUUCCAUAUCAAUCGAUCUACCUCGUACUUUUCCCGACAAUAUCCACUUUGAUUCUAAAAAGGAACGACUCUUUAACAUACUCUGCGCCUAUGCGCAUCACAAUCGCGAUGUUGGCUACUGUCAGGGCCUCAACUAUAUAGCCGGCCUGCUGCUCAUUGUCACUGACGAUGAGGAGAAAUCCUUUUGGCUCCUCAAGCACAUCGUGGAGAACAUUGUGCCGCAGUAUCAUUCACAUAACAUGGCCAGCUUGUUGCGGGACUUGGCUGUUUUCCGUGAGCUGGUCAUAAAGCGAGUGCCGGCUGUCAAUCGACGAGUGGAGGAUUUGGGAUUGCCAUAUGCGGUCAUAGCCAGCAAAUGGUUUAUUUGCAUUUUUGCUGAGGUGCUGCCAGUUGAGACUGUGCUACGCAUUUGGGAUUGCGUUUUUGCCGAGGGCUAUAAGAUUGUAUUUCGUGCAGCUCUGGCUUUGUUUAUAACACACAAAAACCUCAUAUUGGAGUGCGAGGAUAUUGCUGCAUUGGCCAAUCUAUUUCGCGAUACCAUGAUCCAGGGUAGUAUUGUCACCGACUGCCAUAGCUUCAUAGAUUCCAUGUUCUCUAUACGUUUGAAACGUAGCGAACUUGAGAGCUUGCGCAAAGUCGCUGUGCUAAAUGAACACAUGAGCAACAAAUAAUCAAAGACAACACGAAAACACAGAACAAAUAAGAUAAAAGACCCAACUAGAACAAAACAAAUAUAAUGAAAGAAGCAAUCGUAAAAUUCAAUUAUUAGAGAAGUAGCUUAAAUGUGUGUCCAAUAUAUACAAUUGUAAUACUUGUAGGUAACAUUUUAUGUGUGUAUUUGUGUGUAUAACCCCAUUGUAGCCAAUGCAUUUUGAGUAUUAUUCGACUAAACAAAAAAUCAAACAUAAUAUGAUACCAAAGUCAAAUUCCAUUUCGUGAAACAAAUUAAACAACAUUAGCAGUAGUUGUAGUUGUUGCCAAAAACAAUAUAUUAUAGAUGACAUCUUCCGCCUACACGCUAAAUACAUGAGUAUGAAUACGUUUUGUGCAUUAUUCAUACUUUCAAUGUGUUCUUGAUUUUUGUUGUUAUUCAAUGAAGUAUUUAUUUUGAACAAUGCCACUGAGUGUUUAGGUAAUUUCUAGAUUUACACUUAUAUAAAUGUAUGUAUUUUAUAAAUGGCUUUUAAAUUGUUAUAUAGUUGCAAGCAAAUGCCUAACUGUUAGUUAAACGCUAUGUACAAACAAACACAAAACAAACGAACGAACGAACAGAGAACUCACUAAAACUAUAUAUUUAUAUUAACUGUGUAUAUUGUUUACUGUUUAUUGUUUGUCAAUGAGCAGACACGCUUUGUCGUACGUAGAAAUACUCACUGUCUACACUGAUAUACAUACAUAUAUUUAUACUAUAUAUACACAACAAGCAUAUACAUAUGUAUAUAUCCUGAAAUAUAAUUUGAGGAAUUGAUUUGUUAAUACAUGCAUAAUUUGUGUAUGUAACUAUGUACGCCUUUCAGGCUAAAACUAACGAACCAACAAAC